UUCGAUAGGCACGUAUAAGUUUGUGAAGAAAGGGACUUGGAAAAUGGGGUUGUUUGAUCGGCUGGCCAAUAUUUUUGGCCUAAGGAAAAAAGAAGUAAACGUAUUAGUUGUUGGACUUAAUAACAGUGGUAAGUCGACGGUAAUAAAUCAUUUCAAACGCGAGGAAGAGCGGUGUGUCGAUAUUGUCCCUACUGUCGGGUUCAAUGUUGAAAAGUUCGCAUUUAAAAAUGUGCAUUUUACGGCAUUCGAUAUGUCCGGUCAUGAUCGCUACAGAUCGUUAUGGGAACAUUGCUACAAAGAUUGUCAAGGCAUUAUAUUUUUAAUAGACAGUAGUGACAAGCUGCGAUUGGUUGUCGCGAAAGAGGAACUAGACAUGCUUCUACAACAUCCAGACAUAAAUGGUCGUAAGAUUCCUAUACUUUUCUUAGCGAAUAAAAUGGAUUUGCCAGAUUCUUUAACCACGGUAAAGUUGGUUGCCGGAUUGGGCCUUGAAAGAAUUUUGGAUAAGCCUUGGCAUAUUAGAGCGACGAAUGCCGUUAAUGGAGACGGUUUACAACCAGCCAUCGAAUGGCUAACUGAUCAAAUAAGAGAUAUUUACAUAAAUAAGAGAUAACGUUUCGUAUCACCGUUAUCAGAAGUUCAAACCAGCAUUUAUUAAUAUUAUGACAAAUUUUCAUUUCAAAUUCGCAUUACAGUACGAUGGCAAAGCACGGCAAGCACUUAAAGCUUCAUACAUAAUACAUGUAUUUUAUUUAUCAAGUUCACAAUCAGUCAUUUAUAACGUACCUACUUAUGAAAGUAAAUCGAAUAUUUACAU